UCAAACCCUAAUCACCAUUUCUCUCUCUCUCUCUGUGCGCUCUCUCAAUUUCUGAAUCCGAAAGAAGAAAAACACAAAAUUUAAGCUUCAAAUCUUGAAAAUUUUCUAAAAUGGCACCGACGCCAUCAUCUGCUAGAUCGAAUCAAACCCAAUUCACCUUAAUCAGAACCCCACAAACCAAACAACGACUCAAUUUCCACUCAAAAACCCCAAACCCAGAUUCGGCACCGGAGCAUCCAGUCGAAGUAAUCGGCCGGAUCCGAGAUUACCCAGAUCGAAAGGAGCCAUCUUCAACCUCGAUCUUGCAAGUAAACCCAGAUAACCAAACGGUCCGGGUCAGAGCCGAUGUUGGGUACAGAGACUUCACGCUCGACGGCGUUUCUUUCUCGGAGCAAGAAGGUAUCGAAGCGUUUUACAAGAAAUUCAUAGAAGAGAGGAUCAAAGGCGUGAAGCUUGGGAAUAAAUGUACGAUCAUGAUGUACGGACCUACCGGCGCCGGCAAAAGCCACACGAUGUUUGGAUGCGGGAAGCAACCCGGGAUUGUGUAUCGGUCCUUGAGGGAUAUUUUGGGAGAUUCGGAUCAAGAUGGUGUUACGUUUGUUCAGGUCACUGUUCUUGAGGUUUAUAAUGAGGAGAUUUAUGAUCUUCUCUCGACCAAUAGUAGCAACAAUUUAGGGAUUGGUUGGCCAAAAGGAGGAAGCACUAAGGUUAGGCUUGAAGUAAUGGGGAAGAAGGCGAAAAACGCGACCUUUAUUUCAGGGACAGAGGCUGCGAAAAUCUCUAAAGAGAUUGUGAAAGUGGAGAAACGGAGGAUUGUCAAAAGCACACUUUGCAAUGAAAGAAGUUCUCGGAGUCAUUGCAUGAUCAUACUUGAUGUGCCAACUGUUGGGGGAAGGUUGAUGCUUGUUGACAUGGCUGGUUCAGAAAACAUAGACCAAGCUGGACAGACUGGAUUUGAAGCAAAGAUGCAAACUGCUAAGAUCAACCAGGGGAAUAUUGCACUGAAGCGAGUCGUGGAAUCUAUAGCAAAUGGAGACUCUCACGUGCCCUUUAGAGACAGCAAGCUUACAAUGCUGCUCCAGGACUCUUUUGAAGAUGACAAGUCGAAGAUUCUGAUGAUCCUAUGUGCAAGCCCGGAUCCGAAGGAAAUGCACAAGACUCUAUGCACUCUAGAGUAUGGGGCAAAAGCAAAGUGCAUUGUUCGUGGGUCUCAAAUUCCGAACAGAGAUAAGAAUGGGGGUGAUGAGUCUUCUGCUGUGAUUUUGGGAACGAGAAUAGCAGCGAUGGAUGAGUUUAUAUCCAAACUCCAGUCUGAGAAGAAGCAGCAAGAGAAAGAAAGGAAUGAUGCACAAAAGCAGCUGAAGAAGAAGGAAGAGGAGGUUGCUGCUUUAAGAUCACUUCUAACACAGAAGGAAUCAUGUGCCACCAAAGAAGAGGAGAUAAAAGAGAAAGUAAACGAGAGAACCCAACUUUUGAAAGCAGAGUUGGAGAAGAAACUUGAGGAAUGCAGAAGAAUGGCUGAGGAAUUUGUUGAAAUGGAGAGAAGGAGAAUGGAGGAAAGGAUUGUGCAGCAGCAAGAGGAACUUGAGAUGAUGAGGAGACGGUUAGAGGAAAUCGAGGUUGAGUUCCGGCGCUCGAGGGAUGGAGGAAGUAUUGAUGAAACUAGUGGGUUUGCCAAAAGACUCAGGGGUCUUUACUCUGAUGAAGAUAUGGUGAAGUCAAUGGAUCUUGACAUGGGUGAUUCAGAACCAGUCAAGCAAGUCUGGGGAGCUGCUAGUUCAUACCAGCCAAGCAACACAAUCAGCAGCAAUCUGUCUAACAUUUUGCAACCAAAUCCUUCAGAGAAUAUGCUUGCGCAAAUGUACCCUGACCGUGUAUGCUUGAGCACUGUCUUUGAAGAAGAAGAGGCUGAAGAAGACGAAGAGAAAGUGAUAGUUGAGGAUAAAAGCAUCUGCUCGAUAACAACACCAACGCCUAUUUUGAACACUGAAGGUUUGGGUAAAGAGAACUGCUUCAACAGUACAGACUACAAAGAAUCAGAAUCGUCUAGAAAGUUGAGAAUCCAAAACAUAUUCACCCUCUGUGGCAAUCAGAGAGAGCUGUCUCAGCACUCUGGACAAGAGGAGGUUCUUCAAGCCAAGAAUGAUCAGUUGUUUCCUACAACGAAUAAGGCCGAAGCUCUAGCAGUAGAAGAAUCAAAGGAAAACAAUAUCUCAGUUGAUGAAAGUAAAAACGGGCAGAUAGAUAUCUAUGUUAAAUGGGAAGCAACUACUGAUAACCCUCUAAAGCAGCUCAUAACAACACUGAGAGUUACAAAGGACGCAACACUAGCUGACUUGAGGAAGCUUAUUGAGAUAUACCUUGGAUCUGAUAACCAAGCUUUCACCUUUCUCAGGCUCGGGGAACCAUGUGGAGCUCAAGUAGCAAAGGAGAAAGAAUCAACAAUUCAAGCUACGAGCCUGCCUUCCUGCAACGGAUACGCUUACCUUGCUACUUUAAGAGCGGGAAAGAGCUUACAACUUCAAGGUCUCACACCAGCAAGUCCACUUCCACUAACUCCGAUAGAAAACAAGAUGCAAUUUACGCCCAUCUCUAGAGUGACGCCAAACAACCAAGUUGAUGAACUUUCAUCACCCAUUGUAGCUCAUCUCAGCUCCACUCCUUUCAUCACUCUCAGAAGACAUUAGUCGCUAUGUCUUGUUCUUUUCUCGGUUCAAUGGUAGUAGCCUUAGAGAUGUAACCUUUGUCUAUUUCUGUGUUGGAAAAAACUAUAAUAUGUACGUCCACAUCUUCAUCAAUAUAUUCUACGAUAUUUGAG